CACCAGGAGACGGAAGGCAGGCCAAGUUCUAGUCCAAUGAAACAUUAACCUGGGAGCAACGCCCCCUAAACGUCCGGAAAACAGGGAAAACGAGAAAGUGCGUUAUUACACACAUUUCAGUUCACAUGAAAGCUGAAACACACAGAAAAACAUUGCACAAACAAAAUGGGAGCCUUCGUAAAGAUUGCAAUUGCCAGCAUUUGUGUUGGCUACUUGGCUGUCAAGUGGAAUGGACCAAGUUUUGAUCCAGAAUCUCUCAGGGGUGCCAGAGUGUUGGUCACAGGAGCCAGUUCAGGCAUUGGUGAACAAAUGGCGUAUCAUUAUGCCCGCUUCGGAGCUCAGAUUGUCAUCACAGCAAGGAGGGAGAAAGUUUUACAGCAGGUUACUGAGAAGUGUCUGAGUCUGGGGGCCCAGAAAGCUCUCUACAUAUCUGGGGACAUGUCCACUGAGUCUGACCCUGACAAAGUGGUUGACUUUGCUCUGGAGAAACUGGGAGGCUUGGACUACCUGGUUCUCAACCACAUUGGUGUGACUCGCUUUGCCAUGUGGGAUGGAGACGUGAAUCACGUCAGGUGGCUCAUGAAGCCCAAUUUCUUUAGCUACAUACAGAUGGCCUGGAGAGCCUUGCCUUCUUUGGAGAAAAGUAAAGGGUCUAUGGCUAUAGUGUCAUCAAUGGCAGGGAAGCUGAGCAAUCCCUUCACGGCCCCGUACUGUGCAACAAAAUCUGCCUUGAAUGGAUUUUUUGGGUCCCUCAGCCAUGAACUUGCAAUGAAGAAAAGCAACGUGUCGAUCUCUCUAAUCACACUGGGACUGAUUGAUACCGAAACAGCUUUGAAAGCAGUCAGGGGAAUCAUCACGACACCAGCCUAUCCUGCAUCAGAAGCUGCAUUGAAUAUCAUCAUAACAGGAGCAACAAGGCAGUUGGAGCUGUACUAUCCCUGGUACACAUAUGUCAUGAAUCUCAUCAAAGACUGGUAUCCCUCUCUAACACACCAUCUCAUCCAGAACGCCCUCAACUACAAUCCAUAGGAAACAUGUUGAGAUGGGGGGCGGGGCGGGUAUUGUAAGUUUUUGAUGCACACAGGAUUUUAUGCCCACAUCAAAUAUAGCUGAAAAUAUUUGAUUCGGAAAUGCAUUUAAAUGUUUCUCAGAUUUAGACUUCUUAAGGAAAAGCACCUUCUUUGUGUCAAAAGAUUGCACAUCCUGAUUUUUUCUGAUUAUCAGAUUAAAAUCACAUGUGAAUAUGGUUUUUGAUAUCAGUCUUGUUAUAUAUGUACACAUUUCUUCAUUUAUUUUUUGUUAUGACAGUAGGAAAAGUACAUUCGGUAACAAAAACAAAACAAAACAAGAAAAAUUACAUGGAGCCAGUCAAUACCUUAUAGAUCAGUUUAUAUCUAAUGUAGAAAGAUGGGUUCAUGACAAGAAGCUUAAUACAGGAAAAAUAUGUGGUGACAAAGAACAUAAAAUGGAAAUCAGGUUUGGUUGCAAUGCAUGAAGCCAUUUUAAUAUGUACUUGCAUGUCAGAAUGAUAGCAGAACAGCAUGUUUUUACAGACUAACGUUUGGCUGCAUUUUUGUAACUUUAUGACUCAUUCACUAGUUAAGAUAAAGUUUUUAUUUUAUAUUUUCUGAACCCAAGAAAUUUCACGUUGAAAUGAUAAA